AUGAAAGGGAAAACUGGGGUAGUAGGGAGUCACUUUGUGUUGAACACAGGAGCCAAAAUCCCUGCCAUAGGACUUGGAACAUGGCAGAGUGGUGGUGACCUCUGCGUUGAAGCUGUGAAAACUGCCUUGUCCGUUGGUUACCGUCAUAUAGACUGUGCACAUCUCUAUGGGAAUGAGAUUGAAGUUGGGGAAGCACUGGGCGAAGCAUUGAAUGCUUCCAUGAAGAGGGAAGAUGUUUUCUUGACUUCUAAGCUCUACUGUACUAUGAAUUCCCUAAAUAAGAUUGAGAAUUAUGUGAGGGUUUCGCUGAAGAAUCUUGGAGUCUCGUAUUUGGAUCUUUAUUUGAUGCAUUGGCCUGAUAGCUCGGCUUUUGGUGAUGCAACCGAUCCCCCUUCGAAGUCGGGGAGUGAGUAUAGGCAGUUUUUGAAUCGAUUGAAGCAAGCAUGGAAAGCCAUGGAAGGUCUUGUUGACCUGGGCCUUGUGAGAGCUAUAGGUGUCAGCAAUUUCAGUGUCCAGCAGAUCAAAGAGUUGCUGAAAUUUGCAAAAGUUGUGCCUGCUGUCAAUCAGACUGAGAACGCAUUUGAGUAUCUUGCUGCAGAUCCCCCAUUGACUCUCUUUGUUGCAUGUUUUAAGAUGACCGCUGUUGAGUUGCAUCCUUUUUGGAGGCAAGAAGAACUGGUAAAGUUCUGUCAAUCAAAGGGUAUUCAUGUAUCUGCUCACACACCUUUAGGGGUUCCCGCAUGGAGCCCUGGACCAUCUGAUAGUGGAUCAGGGGAAGAUGAACCUGGCACUCCUCGCAUAUCAUUUAGGAGGUCAAGAUCAGUACAUGGGCCCAUGCUGAAAUUGUGUAUUGUCUCAGAGAUAGCAGAAAGACACAAAAAGACACCUGAACAGGUUAUUUUACGGUGGGGAAUGCAGAGAGGUACCAGUGUUCUACCCUGUAGCCUUAAGCCGGAUCGCAUAAUGAAAAACAUAGACAUCUUUAGUUGGUCUCUGUCUGAUGAUGAGUGGAACCUCUUGAAUAAGAUUGAGCCACAGGUAUGUUUAUUUGGAAAUGGUCCUCUAAAUAAUCUCUCAGACAGUGGCUAUAUGUUUGGUAGUGGCCCCCUUCAAGCUGUGCGUGAGAUAGAAGAUGACGUGGAGUCCAAUGCCUGA